AUGAUACCAUCAUCACACGGAAGCGGUCAUCCAUCAUCGGGAUCGUCUAUCAACGGUCAAGCAUCAAAGACGCACUUGUUAAAACAACAAUCAUCAUCACAGGUGAAAAAUAUACCUUCUUCAGAGGAGAUGAAUCAAAUUCAAAAGUAUUUCAAAGAGGAUCCAUACUUAAAAUUGUUUGUGGAGAAUCAAGGAUCAUCGGAGGCUUUGUCAUUUGAUGUUUCCAAUUAUUUGAAAAACAAAUUGAAAGAAGAGGAUGAUCAAACAAGCGUAAAAUCACAUGGUUUGCUUGAUUCCGAGAUUUCAAAACUUCAAGAAGGUAUAUCUGUGAUUGAUAAUCAAAUUUUCAACAUUUUUGAAAAACAAAGCUCUCAACUCGAAGAUGACGAAUUAGAAUUUAAGAAUUUCUUGUCAAAAACAUUUGGAGAUGAAUUAAAGAACACUGAGGAAACAGACAUGUCUCUCGUUUAUCAGUAUCAAAAUACAAUAUCCGGAAAGGGAUUUUACAAGAGCAUUUUUGAAGUACAAAAGCUUGAAGAUGACUUGAUUCAAGUGAAGAAAAAUGUGGAAACGUUGCAACAUUCUGUAUCCAAGCUCCAAUCAAGCUUGGGCUCCAGCUACACUAAUUUAAACACACGAUAUAAGCAAUUAUAUAAUAUAUUUGAAACCAUUGAACUUCUUCGGAAAGUGUACACUUUCUUGUCUCUGGUGUCCAAGCUGAGAAAGAGUUACAACGGUUACAGCUCUGAACAGACAAAUUUGUUCAAUGUCUCUCAGUAUAUUUAUGAUUUAGAACAAAUCAUCAAAUCUAAAGAAUUGGAGAAGAUUACACUUGUAGAGAAGGAAGUACCCUAUGUGAAAGAAGUCUCAAUAGAAGUGAAAAAUGAAGCCAUGAAAUCCAUCAAGGAAGGAAUGAAAAACAAGCAACAAUCAUUUGUUGCAACUGGGUUGCAGGUUUUCUUUAAUUUUGGAAUUUUAUCAGAGACAGUGUCUGAGAUAGUAGAACACCAAUUACAUACAGCAGUUUCAGGCAUAAAAUCAACCCUGAACCAAAAGAUCACAAAAACAAACGAGGGAUUUAAAACCCAAUAUUUAGUUCAGCUUAAAUCCAUGUUGUUUGAUUUAGAGACCAAUUUUGCACAAGUACACCACUUGGAUAUGGUUGUAAAGAAGAAAAGAGAUACCUUGACCCAAAUAGAAUUUUCAUCAAUACUCAGAGAAUGUGGAAAUGAUAAUUUCUUGGAAAGUUUUUGGAAGUCAAUAGCAGAAGCAUUUGAGGAGACAAUUAAAAGAACGCUCAACAGCAACAAUCAAAUAAUUAAGGAUAUUUUACUCAAUGAGUAUCCUCAAUUCAAAUCAAUGAUGAAGGAGUUUUCGAACUCGAUCUCAAACUAUUUACCAAUACUCACACAACAAGAAUUACGACCUCAGAUAUGGAUGACAUCAGUGUUGGAUUCUCUGGAAACUCACUAUUUAAGUCAAUGUUUAAAUAGACUUUUAGAUAGAACCAAGCAAGUUUUUUCUAAAGUUGUCCUCCCAAAGCCAAAAACUGAUUCUGGCACUUUUAAGGGACUAUCCUCUUCUGACAUUAGAAACUUGACCUCGGUAAUUCAACAAGAAUUGAGUAAUGUUAAAACAGAUGUAAAACUUUUUAUAGAUGUUGGCAAGAACGUUGGAAAGGCUCUGCGAUUAUUUUCAAACAAAUCUGAAGAGAUGAUGAUAACCGAUACAUCCGCAAAAGAUAUUGAUCUUCUUUCUGUUCUGGAGGGAACUUCUCUCAACACCAUCGCCAAGACACCAUCACCCGCACAGAUGUUUAAUGCAAAUCUCUUCACAUCCAUUUAUUUGCUUUUAUCUUCCACAAGAAAGGUUAUCAAGACUUUUUCUAAUGUUAAUGGAUUUGCACAGUUAGACCUGUAUUUGGAGCCAUCGCUAAAGAAAUUAGAUGAAAUUGGAAAGCAAAUUUUGCAACCAGUGUUCGACAUUAUCAAAAAACAACUAUUGACUGUAUUACUGAAUAUGCAUUUAUCUGAAGGAGAGCAAUAUCAAAAACAACAGCAAUUGGAAAUGAGCCAUCUUGAAAUGGGUGGAGAGUAUAACUCCAAUUCACUGUUUGUAAAGCAGUUCUUUUUCUGUGUCAAAUGUGCUAAGAGAGUUUACUUAUCCAUUUAUGACACGCAACAACCACAGCAAAAUAUUUUCCUGCCUUUAAUUGAACAACUAUACUUGUAUAUAACUGUGGAGCUUACCUUAAAAGUGAUUACUUUAUCAGUCGCCUAUCCAUUGGAAGAACGAGAAGGUCAUUUCUUGUCCGUGUUGAAUGAUGCCAAACAGUUACAAUUGAUGAUUGGAGACUUUUUUGCUGACGAUACAAACUAUCAAACGAAUGGGCAUUUACUUUUCAGAGCAUUCCUUAAAACUCUCUUCCAAAGCGAUUAUCAAUCUGUAGAAAAGCAUUUGGCAACCAAUAAUUUGUCAUACAUUGUUCUGAUGAUCCAUUUACUUUUCACCAAAGUGGAGAAUUCUGAGUGGAUAGUUCCUCCUCAUGAACACAUGAACAUUUCAUUACGAGAAUAUAGCAAAUGGUGGCUCGAAAUGAAUCAAAAGAAUGACAAGGCAGUUCUAAAUGUUCUUUCUAAGUGCCUAGAGGAAAUGAAACAAAAAGACAAGGAAUCCAAAUCUAAAGCAAUUCCAUUCAUUGAGCAAGUGAUUCAACACCAACUCUCAGAAGAGGGACAAUGA